GCCUUCAGGAAAUCCGAAAAUUAUGGAUAUUACGUUGGACUCUUUAGUAGGAAAUGAAAAUAUCACCCAAAUAGAUCUAAGGCCGAAACGACCUGUCUAUAUAUCACGUUAUGUGCAGACAAUGUAUCGUGAUUCAGAGGCGCAAACUGACCCAUAUUCUCCAUUGUAUGUUGUCAAUACAGGGGAAAACCUUGAGACACUGAAAUUAACUUCGUUGAGUUAUGGAUAUGGACUUCCAGUCGGAUUAUUUGAUGUUGAAAGAAUUGAACGUGCAAGACAAAGACGAGAAAUUGAAGCAAAUUUACCGCCGUAUAAAGAUAUUGCAAAUAAUCUGGUACAAAUUGCCAAACGACGUAAAAUUUUGGAAGGUUUAGAAAAUCUUGAAUGGUACUUCAGAGAAAGAGAGGUUGAAGCACUGGCACAAUCAGUGGUUGAGACCAGUCAGAUGGGAUUACAUCCAGUUCCCAG